GUGGCAACGGAGCACACCUUGUGAUUAUCCGGCGCGAAGACAGAUAGGUGGACGACUUGGGCACCGAAAUGACAUCCUAAACACACGGACCACAUAUAUAUCAACGACGGCCGUUGUCCGUCCGUCUUCCAUGCAUGCCCAGGCCCAUUGACGCCGAACCCCAAACAUUCGAACUACAGGAGUUGUCCAGCAUGGGCUGGAUAAAGAGUCUCUUCGGGUCAAGACAGGACUAUGAGCCUCUCCAGGACGGUGCGGAAAGAGACGACGGCAGCAAUAGUUCACACGAUGAAGAUAUUCCGGGCGAGGAGAUGGAGGCCGCCGCGUUCUCGUGGCUCGAGUACGGCAUCUUUCUGCUCCUCGGGAUAGCGAUGCUCUGGGCAUGGAACAUGUUCCUCGCAGCCGCCUCGUACUUCGAAAACCGCUUCCGCACGAGUCAAUGGAUCCUCAACCACUUCCAGGCCGCAGAGAUCUCGGUAUCGACCAUCACGAACUUGGUGUCGAUGAUAGUAUUGACGGAACUACAAAAGGGGGCAUCAUAUCCCAAGAGAAUCUCGACCUCGCUGCUCAUAAACACCGCUGUCUUUGGGAUGCUCUCGCUUUCCACGCUGGUACAUGCGCCUGCGGGUGUAUACUUUGGAUUCCUGCUCAUAGCGAUCUUCUUUGCUAGUUUCUCUACGGGCCUUAUACAGAACGGACUGUUCUCGUUCGCGUCGGGGUUCGGGAGAAGCGAAUAUACCCAGGCCAUCAUGACCGGACAGGGUGUUGCGGGAGUGCUGCCACCGCUGGCACAGAUUGUUUCGGUCCUGGCGGUUCCUCCUAAGCAAUCAGACGAUGCAGACAGCGCGGAUGUCUCGCCCACUUCGGCGCUGAUAUACUUUUUGACCGCGACGUUGAUUUCCAUGGUGUCGCUACUGGCGUUCUUUUACCUCUUGAGGCGUCAUCCACACCACAAAAACAUGCCUUCCGCGGCAAAAACUACCGUCGACGGAGCUUCCGAGAAAGACCUGCUCGCGGACAAUGGCAGAAUUACAACGAGUAGCCAGACUGAGAGCGGUCAUGGCGAACGUCCAUCUGUUCCUCUCAGGAUCCUCUUCCGCAAACUACCAUUUUUAUCGGCCGCAGUCUUCGUCUGCUUUGCUGUUACCAUGGUUUUUCCGGUCUUCACAGCCUCGAUCCGUUCUGUCAGUGGAGUCGAUGCUGCCAUUUUUGUACCUGUGGCUUUUUUGGUCUGGAACCUUGGAGACUUACUUGGGCGUCUGUCAACAUUAUGGAAACGAAUUUCACUAAUGCACUACCCGUUUGCGCUCUUCUGUCUGGCCAUGGCAAGACUUCUCUUUAUUCCACUUUACUUUUUGUGCAACAUCAAGGGGAAGGGAGCUGUUCUGAGCAGUGAUUUCUUCUAUUUGGUCAUGGUUCAAUUCUUCUUUGGCCUUACCAAUGGGUAUCUUGGCAGUGAGUGCAUGAUGGGAGCUGGAGAUUGGGUUGCGCCCGAGGAACGCGAGGCCGCUGGAGGCUUUAUGGGACUCAUGCUCGUUGGUGGACUUACGGUAGGCAGUCUGCUCAGCUUCUUGCUUGGCGACGUGUAGAAGUGUUGAGACAUGUCUCGGGCUCUACCGACACGUGAUGUUGGUGGCGUUGACAGAGGCUGCUGAAUCGCAGGAUUGAACACAGCCUCGCUGUCAGGAUCGUACUGUAUAGUUGGCCUAGUGUUGGCGUCCUCGUACAAAUAGAAUGUGUUUACGAUGUCUUAAAA